AUGAACUCAACAUCUCUUUUUCAAUUUACGACUGCAAUUCCAUUGCUUUUGACAUGUUACUUUUAUUACUUCAACAAAAGGGCUCUUGCAGACAACAUUUCACGAUGUCUGACAAAUAAUUACAGAGACGGUGGCGAUUGCAAAGAGUGUCCAGUUGGUUAUUUUGGUGGGAACUGCACAAAUAUAUGUCCUCCGUCAUACUAUGGCCACAUGUGUGUCCACAAAUGCAAAUGCUCACCAUGUCAUCAUAUCUAUGGUUGUGUUUCUACUACUCCUUUACGUGUAGCAGACACAACAAGCUCUUCCUAUUCUUAUGAAACCAAGGAUGAAACAACGGACAGAAGUCAGAUACCAGAAACAACUCGAUAUGAAUAUAAAAACGAAGAUAAAACGAAAAUACUCAAAGCCAACACCAAAAAUUUAAAAAUAUCUGGUACGAUCUUGGUUAUUUCAGUUGGAUCUUUAUUGUGUGUCAUGUUAAUAUUGGUAAUUAUUCGAGAAGUAUGUCUUUGCUGCCGAUCCCCUAAAUCUAAUGGUAGACGGACAACUCGUGAUGACGUUUAUGCAGAUAUUGCUGCAAACUGAAAGGACGUUAACAGAAUGAAA